AUGUCAUCCCCAGAUUCUAUAUCUAGUGAUAGUGGGCCAAAAAGAAUGGAACAAAUUACUUUUAGAUUUUGCAGCGAAUGCUCCAAUAUGUUAUAUCCUAAAGAAGAUCCUGAUAGCCAUCGCCUCCAAUUCGCCUGCCGGACCUGCCAGUAUUCUGAAGAAGCAACAUCAUCUUGCGUCUUUCGCAACAUUCUCAACAAUGCCGUAGGGGAGACUGCUGGUGUUACACAAGAUGUUGGAUCUGAUCCAACACUCCCACGAUCGAAUAAGACCUGCCCAAAAUGUAAAACGGAGGAUUCAGUGUUUUUUCAAUCCCAACAGAGAUCAGCGGAGACUGGUAUGAAACUUUUCUUUGUCUGUUGUGGAUGUGGUCACAUAUUCUCAUAG